UCCUCCAUGCAAGCUAAAUUUUCCAUUACCACUGAAUAAUUUUACAAAUCUCACAUAUAAUUUUGAUCGAGUGGGAUGCAGUCCAAGCCAAAAUAUUGCAUUUUUUGCAGUUGAUUCUCUUCGACAGCUUGCAACUAAAUUGAUUGAAAAAGGAGAAUUUGUAAAUUUUAGGUUUCAAAAAGAAUUUUAUAAACCGUUUGAAUAUAUUAUAAAGAAGAAUAGAUCUCCAGUAAUACGUGAUAUGGUUAUGAGAUGUGUAGUUCAAAUAAUACAUUCUCAAGCACCUAAGAUCCGUUCGGGAUGAAAGAAUAUUUUCAGUGUUUUUCAUCAUGCAGCUAGUGAUCAGCUUUGAAUCAACUAUUGAUGAUCGAUCAUGGGUAAGAGGUUGGUUUCCAUUAUUAUUCAAACUUUCUUGUGAUGUUAGUAGAUAUAAGCUUGACGUGAGAACUCGUGCGCUUACGAUAUUAUUCGAUGUUGUAAAAACAUAUGGUGCUUCGUUUAAACCUCGUUGGUGGAAAGAUUUGUUUCAAGUACUUUUUAGAAUUUUUGAUAAUAUUUUUAAAAGUACUUUACCAUCAAUUUUACUCACUUGGAAACCAUCCAUAAUAAAUAAAAAAUCAGAUCUUGAAACGAUAACAAGAGAAAGUGUAGAUCCACCGCUUGAUCCAUCAUUACCAAGAUAUAGAAGUGCUGGAAGUCUUUUAUGUUUAAUAGAAAGCCUAGUAAGAGGAUACAAUAUCUUCAAGAACAAGGUUUUUUUGGGAGUUCUCCUGAUGACGUUGCACGUUUCCUUCACAAUGAUGAACGAUUAGAUAAAACAGCGAUUGGAGAUUUCUUAGGAUAUCACAAUCAUAAUCAAGUUAUGUAUAAUAAUUAAUGUAGUUAACUACAUUGUUCAAAUGGA